UCGAGGAUCAAUCAUUUCAAUCUGGAGUUGCUCACCGACCAACUCCGUCCAGGCAUAGCUGGCAUCCCUCCGAUGUGAUGAGCGUGUUGCAGUCUGCCCCAGAGUUAGUGUAGUCUCGGCUAGCGAAGGAAAGUGACACUUGCGAAGUCGUGUGUAUCCACAGAAAAGGAGAAAGGAUGAUACGGUGUACGAUCACGAGGAUAUUACUUUUGGCGCUGGUGAUGGCUGUCCAUGCCGCCGAAGAGAAUGUUGAAGAGGAAGCGGAGAUGCUACCUGUGGCGCGGGCAAUUCGCCAGAUAAGCUUCCCAGGCGCUUCUCAAGGGCGUCCUCAAGGAGGUCGACCACAGGGAGGCGGUGGCUGCAAUUGCCAGCCCAUUAUCACCUGCGCUUCUGAACUCCGCCAGAUUACGCAGGGAUGCUCGAUUCCAGGUACGGGCGCUCCUGGGGUCUGCUGCCCGACCAGUUUCCUCGCAGCAUCAUCGCCGCCGCAGGGCCGAGGAGAUGAACGCAUCUUCAGGGCAGCCAGCAAGAAUGUGAAUAUGGGCCCACUCGAUCCGAACAUGGUGAACGCCGCUUGUCAGAAAGGCGCUAAUGCUGUUAACCAGAUCAGGAAUAUUGAAAAUAACCUUGCUAGGAAUAAUAUGGUGCUGCAGUCCGGAACCCCCGCCGAGGGACACCUGCGCGUCUUCGACAUCAGCAGAGGUGCUCGUCAGAUGCAUACAAAUGCACUCGCCAUUGCUAUGGCCUCAAAGAACAUGAUGCAAGAUUUCCAGCUCUCGAAAGAUCAGGGUGGACAUGGUUUAAGGAAUCUCAACGUAAGAAGCACGGUGCUAAGUGACAGGUGCCCGCAAAACCCAGACUGCAGAGGAAUUAACCCAAAGUACCGCACUGUAGAUGGCUCGUGUAACAAUCAAGCCAAUCCGGUGUGGGGGAAGAGUAACACUCCGGUUCAGCGUAUCCUCCCUCCUACUUAUAGUGAUGGUGUUCGUGAGCCUCGUGUGCAGGGCGUGAACGGUAGCCCUUUACCUAAUGUGAGAGCUCUCUCUGGAAAUGUCUUGGUUGAUGUCGACAACCCUGACCAGCAAUUCACCUCCUCCGUCAUGCAGUGGGCGCAGUUUCUAGACCAUGACUUCGCCCACGUUCCCUUCCCCGACAUGGAAAAUGGUCAAGGUAUUGAAUGCUGUCCAAAUGGCCAGGAGGCAACAGGCAAUGCUCGACAUCCGGAAUGUUGGCCUAUUAACACUGCUGGAGAUGCUUUCUAUGGACCUCGCGGGAGAUCUUGCAUGAACUUCAUCCGAAGCAUGGUGGCUAUCGGUCCUGAGUGUCGCUUUGGAUAUGCAGAACAGCUCAACCAACUUACGCACUGGAUUGAUGGUUCAAACGUCUAUGGUUCAGACGUCGAAGAACAACGUGAAGUCAGAGCUUUCCGCGAUGGAUUGUUGAAAACUUCUGGCAAUAACAUGCUGCCUUUUGAGGAGUCAAGAGGAGCAAACUGUCUAGGAACAGGACGAGGAGUUCGAUGCUUCACAGCUGGUGACAGUCGUGUGAACGAGCAACCUGGCUUGACUGCUAUUCAUACUAUCUGGAUGCGUGAACACAAUCGCGUUGCUCGCCAACUAAAGGCUCUCAACCCAUCGUGGAAUGAUGAAACUGUGUUCCAAGAGGCUAGAAGGUUUGUGGUGGCAGAGAUGCAGCAUAUCACAUACAACGAAUGGCUACCCAUUAUCGUCGGUCCAGCUUUCAUGCAAUCGUUUGGCAUCAAUGUGCGAACAAACGGCUUCAGCUUUGACUAUAAUCCCAACUUCAAUCCCAAUAUGAACAACGAAUUUGCCACCGCCGCCUUCCGUUUUGGCCACACUCUGGUAAAUGGAAAUCUUAGGCUCUUUGGCCCUGACGGAAGUGUGAGCACCAUCCAGCUCCGCGACCACUUCCGGUCUCCCCAUCUCAUCCAGCAGCCAGGUAUGCUGGACGCCAUUACACGUAGCUUCAUGCAGCUGCCAAUCCAGAAAUUCGACAGUUUCAUUACGCAAGAUUUGUCCAACCAUCUGUUCCAGACGCCCAGAGUAAACUUCGGAAUGGAUCUGAUGAGUCUGAACAUCCAUCGCGGCCGUGACCACGCCAUUGCUACGUACAAUGACAUGCGCCAGAUCUGCGGCCUCCGACGGGCAACAUCAUUCGAAGAUCUUACAGAUCAGAUCCCUGGCGGAAUUGUCCAGAACCUUCGCCGUGUUUACCAGCAUGUAGAUGACAUCGACUUCUUCGUGGGUGGCAUAGCCGAGCGGCCUGUGUCAGGCGGGCUCCUUGGCUGGACCUUCCUGUGUGUGGUUGGUGACCAAUUCGCCAGACUGAAGAAAGGAGACCGAUACUUCUAUGAUCUCGGGGGACAACCCGGCUCGUUCUCUGAACCUCAACUGCAGGAGAUUCGGCGGGCUUCCUGGGCGAGAGUCCUUUGUGAUAAUUCGGAUAACAUCCAAGCCGUCCAGCCCCUUGCCUUCCAGCUGACCGGAAGUCAAUUCAAUCAGCCUGCUGACUGCCGCGGGCCAAUAAUCCCAAGACCCAACCUUCAAUUGUGGCGAGGCGAGCGCGUGGGAUAAGGAAUAAAGUAAAUUAUUUGAAACGUUGCCUGCGACACACUCAGCAUUGCGGCAUUUUCAUCUCGAUUCAUCUCGAGAACAUCGUGGGUUUCUGGAUUAUAAGCGAUAUUUGUAAACCAUUAUUGUUAUCAGUACUUUUAAAUAAUUCACCAAUGAAUAAGAAAAUAUAUCUAAAAUGGAAAUAAACAGUACAUAACAA